CAAAUGAAGAGAAGGCAAAGAACGCAAAGCUGAAGCAGAAGAAACGGAAGAUAAAAAUGGAGCAGAAGCAGAUGCACGAAGAUAAUUGCUUUCAGUGUGGAGAUGGGGGUGAACUCGUCAUGUGUGACAAAAAAGACUGUCCCAAAGCUUAUCACCUCCUCUGCCUUAAUUUGACACAGCCACCCUUUGGGAAGUGGGAAUGCCCGUGGCACCAGUGUGCCAUCUGUGGCAACCCGGCGACUGCGUUUUGCGAGUUCUGCCCUCACUCUUACUGCAAGGAUCACGAAAAGGGAGCCCUGGUCUCCUCGGCCUUGGACGGACGCCUCUGCUGCUCUGAACACAACCCCAAAGCUCCCGUGGCCCCCGAGUAUUGGGGCAAGAUCAAGCGUCGAUUGGAACAGCAAAAUCCGGAGGAAGCAUCGAAGGAGUGAAGAGGCCCUUUCACACCCACACACA